AUGUCCGAUGAUUUUGUUUUUCCAGAAUGGGAAGAAUCUUGCGUUUACGAACAAGACCUCUUGGACAUAGAAAAUGACUUGGAUGGCCUACUGUUGAAUAAUGAUGCAUUGGAUUCUCUGGAUUCUCAAUCGCUUGAUGUCAGAGAAGAAUCACGAAAUCAUGUCUCUACAAGAUCAAAUUUAUGCUCGCUUCCUACUGAAAUACUCCUGAGAAUCUUUUAUGAACUUAUAUUGUCCGAAAGUUCAAAACCCCCAAAGACCGCAAUACUUUCAUUGCCUUUGGUCUGUAAGAUACUUUAUCGGCUCUCGCAUGAUCGUGUCGUAUGGGAAAAAGCCUUCAUGUCAGAAUAUGAUGUCUCCGCAAGAAAACGAAGGUUUGCUGCCUGCAACUUCAGGAAGCUUUACUACAGAAGAUCUUCAUUAAAUGUGGAACAGAUGGAUGGAUGUCUUUUUGCACUGGAGAAUUGUCUGGUAAAUCAAUUGCCACAACACGAAACCUUGGAUAACGUCUUGGACAUUUUGACCUGUUUAUGGGUGCUUGUCUCUGAGGAUGAUGAAAGGAACUCAUCGAAACUUAAAUUUCUGCGUGCUCCCGAGUUUUGUGCCAGCGUGUUUCAUUUAUUGUACGCAGAUUUAGAUUUAAUAAAAAGUCUUGCAUGUAUAUGCAUUGCUAUCAAAAUAAUAUCUAUGAUGUUGACUUAUGGCACAUUUCCAUGUGAAGAAAUCGUGGAAAGUAUGGCCUCAAAACUACGAGAACGUGUAUUAAAUUGGAACCCAAGCAAAGAUGCCGUAUUCCCCAUGUUUUACUGUCAUGCGCUUCAUAUCUAUCUAAGGUGCAUUGCAAAAGAUGAAAAGAAACCAAUGGACCCAGAUUCUAGAUUAUUCGAUUCGCGGAAAUCGGACAAAUGUUUGCUGGUUGAUGUGUAUUCUUCAAACAAGAUUUUGUGGUGCCUUCGGAAUGAUGGAUACGAUUGGCCAUAUCGACCACCGAGGUAUUGGACUGGUCUGUGCAUGGAUGGUGAUAUAUUGAUCGUUGAAAAGUUACUCCUUGGAGAUAUUAAUUUCAUGGAACUUCAAAUAGUUGAAGAACACAAUGAAGAGGAAUUUAAUGAAGACCUCGGGGAUAUAGGAAACGCCCAUAGAGACACUACAAGUUGUUAUCUUAUAGAUGGUACUCUGACAGAUGAUUCCGGAAAAACGUUCCACAUUGAAGGAACUUCAAUUCCAAUUGAUAAAGGCCGAAGGCGUUUGGAAUCAUUGGUAGAUAUUGGUCUGAUGGAACCAGAAUUGAGAAUGCUGGGUUUUUCUGGCUUUGGGAAGAUACAUGACAUGAUUGAUGUCAAUAGGAAAAAUGGUUUGAAUCAGUAG